AUGGAGGCAUUGUCCCGCACCUGCUCCUCGGAGUCGACGCGCUCCACCACUCGCCGCUCCAACUCCAAUUCCUCGGCGGGACAUGCUMUAGCCGGGGCAUCGGGAGCGACCCGUAAGAGCAGAGUCGCCGAUAUGGACACUCAUCGCGGAGAAGUGCGGACCGCUAGUAUAUCGAUGCCGCAACCGGGACAUCCGUCGAACACGUUGAACAAUCCUCGCUACCAAACUAGCAACACCUCCCGACGUUCCUCCCGCAUUGCAGAAGGCUUAAUCACCAGGACUGCUUCCUCCGCACAACAAUCACAACAACAAUCGCAAGCGCAAUCACAAUCGCACUCCCAACUAUUGGCCGACGAGAGCCAGCUGGCCAACGGCAGUGCCACGAUGGUCGAGCAGGGUGCUGGUCAGGAAGAAGGCAGGAAGAAGGCUCCUUCCUUCACUUCAAUACCAGGAGGGGGAUACAUUUCCGACGCUGCCGUCCGACGACCCGAACCUGACCUCGAGUCCAAUCGAUUGUCCUUUUCCUACGGCCCGGGCAACAACAGGCAAAUAUUUGUGUCCGGCGCAACGAGUUCGUCAGGAGGCGACGAGAGUGACGGUUUGGGCUACGGCUACGGCUCGUUGGCCUCACUUGACGCUGACGGAGAGACAGCAGGCAAGACGGACGCGGGAUCUGCCACCACCGCCACGCAAAACCUCUCCGUCACCACGCAGAGCCAGAACGGAGCCCUGUCCCCCUCCCUUGGUGCCCCUCUCCAGCAGCAUCCUUCCAGCCAAUCCGUCGCAUCCGUCUCAUCCUUCAUGUCUCCGACAUCUCCCGUGCAGACUCCCCAGCCACAACCAACACAACAAGGACCGGGCCGAUCGAGAACACUUCGAGGCCGCGAUCCUGCCAGCGCCCGCCGUGCAUCUGCGAGUGGAAGCAACAGUGCCUCGCAGUCUGUAGAGCGAUCCGGGUCCAACAGAGGUCCCAAUUGGAUCGGCACGAUUGGUAUCUGCGCGUUGGACUCCAAAGCGAGAAGCAAGCCUUCUAGGAAUAUCUUGAACCGUCUCGUGGGCAAGGAAAACGAAUUUGAAGUCAUCAUCUUCGGAGACAAGGUGAUCCUCGAUGAGCAGGUGGAGAAUUGGCCCGUCUGCGACUUUCUCAUCAGCUUCUUCAGCGAUGGCUUUCCAUUGGAAAAGGCCAUUGCUUAUGCCAAAUUGAGGAAGCCAUUCUGCGUAAACGACCUCCCCAUGCAAACUAUCCUGUGGGACCGUCGAAUGUGUUUGACGAUAUUGACCAAACUGGGGGUCCCUACUCCACCCCGCCUGGAGGUCAAUCGAGAUGGCGGUCCCGUGGCCCUUAGUACGGACAUCGCACAGCGGAUGAAGCAGCUUACUGGUGUUGAGCUCAUAGGCUCGGACGAUGGAAGAGGUGGUGGACUCCCAAAACCCGUGGAUGUUCACAUGGAGGAUGACAAUGACACCUUGGUGGUGGAUGGUAAGAAGCUCCGUAAACCUUUUGUCGAGAAGCCUACAAGUGGCGAGGACCACAACAUCAACAUCUACUAUCCAAAAUCGCAAGGYGGUGGAGGUCGCAAACUCUUCCGAAAAGUCAACAACAAGUCCAGUGAAAAGGACGAAAAUCUCAUCAUUCCUCUGGCCAUCACAGAACCGAAUGGAUCUUACAUUUACGAACAGUUUCUCAAAGUGGAGAAUGCGGAAGAUGUCAAGGCAUAUACUGUUGGACCCGACUUUUGUCACGCGGAAACUCGUAAAUCCCCCGUCGUGGACGGGCUUGUUAAACGCAAUCCCAACGGAAAAGAGAUUCGCUAUGUGACGAAGCUUUCCAAGGUGGAACAAGAAAUGGCCGCCAAGAUCGCCACUGGUUUCGGGCAGAAAGUCUGUGGAUUCGAUCUAUUGCGAGUGGAGAACGGAAAGARUAUCGAAAGCUAUGUCAUUGAUGUCAAUGGCUGGAGCUUUGUCAAAGAUAACAACGACUACUACGAUAACGCUGCCAAGAUCCUCAAAGCAAUGUUCAUCCGGGAGAAGAUGCGCUGGGAACAGAGCAAAGCAGCCAGUACCCCCACGGAGACGGAUGAAAACGACAAGAAGGACCUUUUACCUCCACCUGCAUCCGAACGCGAGCCAAUGUAUAAAAAGUCCAACCUUAGCAGGGAUAGGGAUAUCGGUGGCCAUCGCAAUGCGCUCGCCGMUCACGUGGGCAAUGUCUUCUCAGGACGAAGUAGGAGUGCGUCCUUGCGAGAGAAAGCGGAGCAUGCCAGGAGUCUCUCGCAUCUGCGGGACAAGGUUGAAAGUGCUGCGCACAAAGUUGGACAUCCCACGCAGUCUAGGAGCCCGAGUGGAACUUCCAGCCCAUUGUCGCCUACAAGUCUUGAGCGUACUCCAGAGCUGCACCGACGACCACCGACAUCAGCGCCGGUAAUGACUGAAAUGCUGCCUCCACCGGCAGUUCCAACUUCCCAGUCGGAACAAAGUCGUCCUGGCAGCUCGUCUGCUGAUGUUGUGAGUAUCGCUCCUUCUGAAGCGCCCUCUCUUCUCCCAGCACCGGCACCCAAGAGUCAGUGGAAGCUGAAGGGAAUGGUGGCCGUGAUUCGUCAUGCGGAUCGUACUCCCAAGCAAAAGUUCAAAUUUACGUUUCAUACCAAGCCUUUUGCGGAUUUGCUCAAGGGGCACCAGGAAGAGGUGUUGCUUGUGGGUGAAGCCGCGCUGUUUAGUGUGCAGCAGGCCGUGCGACAGGCUAUGGCGGAAGGUAUUGAGGACAUGGUCAAGCUGAGGACGUUGAGUAAUGCGUUGGCGAAGAAGGGCCCGUGGCCAGGUACGAAAGUGCAGAUCAAGCCCAUGUUCAAGAAGCCAAAAAAGGACAAGAAGGGUACUGCUGAUGAUGCCGCUGCUGUUGCACCACUCACUGCGGAAGAACCCAAGACGUUUGCCGAUGAUGCCGCUGGACAUGCACGAGCACCGAACCGAUCCGACUCGCUUGGGGAAAUCACCAUGUCGCGCGCCACGGCUGCGGAUGAGAAUCUUGUCCUGGACAAAUUACAACUUGUCAUGAAGUGGGGUGGUGAACCUACGCAUUCUGCUCGCUAUCAAGCUACUGACUUGGGUGAAAAUAUGCGCAAUGAUCUACUCUUGACCAACCGUCGCGUGCUGGACAAUGUCUCGAUUUACACCUCGAGCGAGCGCCGCGUUACGACUUCCGCGCAGAUAUUCGCGGCAGCAUUUCUUGACCAGAAAGAGGUCGGACAGGAUGAAAUUCUCGUACGGAAGGACCUGCUGGAUGACUCCAACGCUGCCAAGGACGAGAUGGACAAGGUGAAGAAAAAGCUGAAGGGAUUGUUGCGUGAGGGACAUCAAGCGCCCGAGCAAUUCGCCUGGCCGAAAGAUGGCACUCCGGAGCCAUAUGUUGUUGUACGUCGUGUUGUGGAGCUGAUGAAAUUCCACCGGAGAGUUAUGCGGAACAACUUCUCCAAGCUGCAAGGCUCGGAAGCUGUCUCGAGCUUGGAGAAGUUGCAGAAAGUUCCCGUGGAUCCUGCGGCUUUAGCAAAUGGUAUUUCUGCAACGGAGAGCCAGACCAAGGAGAUUCAACCACGAUGGUGCACGGGUGAAGAUGCGGAUCUCUUCAAGGAGCGAUGGGAGAAGCUCUUCAAUGAAUUCACCGACGCGGAGAAGGUUGAUCCUAGUAAGAUCAGCGAACUCUACGACACGAUGAAGUUUGAUGCCUUGCACAACCGACAGUUUCUGGAAUGGGUCUUUACUCCUUCAAAGAGCAUCCUAGCGGAAGGGUUGGAUCCUCAACUUGAGGGAUCCGCGUUGAAGAGAACCGAGAGCCAGAUUGCGCGAGAGGAGUUUGAACACACGCAUGACGGUUUAGCGCCAUCUAGCGGACCCAACGGAGAAGGCAUGGAGACUUUGAGCUUGCCGCCGCCGAAACGUACGGAUACCAUGGACACUUCUGCUUCAAGCUCUGCACCAGAGUCGAAAAAGGACAAGGAAAACAAGCCAAGCUUCUCCGAACGAUUGGGUUUCCGUCGCAAAUCUGGGGAUCUGUUGCAGUCCAAGCUACAACCAUCAACAACUCCACCUGCAGACCCUUCGCAGUCGUACUUUAGCCUCUACAAGAGUACCCUUCCAACCGCGCAGAACAAAGUCAAAACCGACCAACGAUUGGAGAAGUUGAAUGAAAUGUACAACCUCAGCAAAGUCCUGUUUGACUUUAUCGGACCUCAAGAAUAUGGCAUUACAGAUGCGGAGAAGUUGGAGAUUGGUCUGUUGACUAGUUUGCCGCUGUUGAAGGAGAUUGUCAAAGACUUGGAAGAAGUCCAAGCUUCGGACGACGCCAAAUCCUUCAUCUACUUCACCAAGGAAUCCCACAUCUACACCCUCCUCAACUGUAUUCUGGAGGGCGGCGUAUCGACGAAGAUCGCCCGCAACGCCAUCCCUGAACUCGACUACCUCUCCCAAAUCUGCUUUGAAUUGUACGAAUCCGCAAACGCAGCGGCGGAUGUCGAGGAUCAGGGAGAGUACAACUAUUCGAUUCGGAUCACGAUAUCACCGGGUUGUCAUACGUUUGACCCGUUGGAUGUGGUGUUGGAUAGUAAACAUUGUAUUGGAUGUGCGCCGCGAAGGAGUUUGACGAGUCAUGGUGAGUGGUUGGGAGUGAUUGAGGGGUUGAGGAAGAGGUUUCAUACUGUGAGGUUACCGAAGAGUUUUAUUGCUGUUGAUUUGAGGGAGAGGUUUAGUGUUGGGGAGGAGUUGCUGAGUGUUGAGCCAGGUGUAGCUGCUGAGGGGGUGGUGGGUGGUGGGGAGGUAGUGAAUGGUGGUGGGGAUGAGAAGGCUGAGGAGGAGGGUGUUGUGGAGGGGCCAGGUGGUGAAGUUCCGGUCGUUUGA